UGCAGUUCUUGCCCCUUUUGCACCCUCUGCCUGCCAACAACGCUUCCUUGCUCGCGGUCGGGGUGGGGAGACGUUUCGCGCGCCUCCCUGGUGUCUGGCUCCUUGCCCCACACACCUUGACCUAAUUUCUCUGCCAACUUGGAAGCCUCCUUGGCACAGGUAUGAAAUCUGGCUUGCUCAACCGGCUCGGAGCAGCUGCCUUUCCCCAGCUUGAGCUGGGCGGAGCCUGCAGCCCCGUCCGACUCGCCUCCGGGACAUAAAAGGAAAGACGGAGGCUCGCGACCUCUUUUGCUCUGCAACGGGGGGUUGCCAGCUACUUUUGCAAAAAAAGAGAGGGAGUCAUCUGCAAGCAGUGGCCAUGGCUUCCUUGUUCGCGGGCGAGCUGGCCCGCAGCCCCCGCCGCCGAAGGAGCACCAGGACUUGCUGCCAGAGGUGCCUGCCUGCUUUGCCCAGCAACGAGCCAAGGUAAGGGACGGGAGGAGAUUCGGGGUGGGAGAGGUAUCCCCUGCCCCGAGGAUGCUGCAAUGAUGCACGCGCGCCCCCUGGACCAGCAGCCCACGUGGCCCGACCUGGUAAGCCGCCGAGGCCGGAGCGGUGGCUUCACCAUUCGGUCCUCUGCGCCUGGCAAACUUGGCUCCGGAGUCGUUCCUGAUCGCCUGCCAAUAACGGCCGGUUUACACGAGUAGCGCGCGCGCGCCUUUUCCUUCGUCCCUUCCCAGCGCCUCUCGGAUUGGAAAGCAAAGCCGCGGCUGGUUGCGUCCCCCGCUCUUUUAUUCCCAUUUUAACUAAAGAGGUCGCUUCAGCUCUCUAGUUAGGAAACAUCCCCCCCAUUUUUUUUUUUAUUCCGUUUUUAAAAAGAGCAGCUCGCUUCUGCUUUCUAGUUGGGAAACAUCUGGUUUCCCCCUCCCUUUUUAUUCUCGGGUUGUUGUGUUUUUAAAAUUAGAAUAAAAGCUCGCUUCUGCUUUCUGUCGCGCGCAGAACAUGCAGCCCCAGCCCAAGUUAGCGUUUACUCCGAAGCAAAUCGCGCGCAGCCCAACAAUAUUUGUUCCAAAUUUAUUUGUUGCGUUAUACUCCACCUCCCUUCCCUGGAGCUCAAAGUGGUCCAUGUACAUAGUACAUUUUAUCCUCGCAUCCCUGUCUACAGGGUGACUGGCCAAAGGUCACCCAGUAAGCUCCAUGGCCGGGUGUAAGGUGGAAUUUGAACCCCGGUCUCUCCCAGUUCCUAGUCCCCAACAGAUUCCAUGUUUACAAAACUGUAGCUCCAGUUAAGUUUCUCAAAUCGAAACGCCCUUGAAUCGAAUUUUGACCAUCCGGAACGUUCGAAGAGAUUUGCUCCGGAGCGAGUGUGUGUAGACACGCGGGCGCAAGCCCCUCCUCCCGCGGAAGCGUGUUUGGGAUGGGGUUCGCCGUAAACCCAAAGCCGCUCCCUACGAAGUCCAGUUUUGCCAGAGCGCUCAGCAUUCAGGGGUGGGGGGCUUUGAAGAGACCUUAGGAAACAGGGGGAGGUUACUCCCGAGUAAACGCUCUCCUGGGGUUGCUGCUCAGCCGCUUGCAACAGCAGGGCCUGUUCCUGAGUCAAGGCGGUGCAGAAGGGAGCGCGCAAAAUCCCCUUCUCCGCCUCCGGGGCUUUCCUAUUCGCUGCGUCAAUUCCUGCUCAAGAGGAAACCCAUUUCCAGCUCGAGAGGCUUGGAAAGAUGCCCUGGAUGGGCGGCAACCCGCUCCUUUUCCCACUGGCCCCGUGCGCUGUCAGUCAGAAUCAGUUUCCGUAUUCAAAUAACAAAAUAAACUAGGGUGGGGCUUGGAAAGUUUAUUAGCAGCCUGCAGCUGUGAGUCAUAAGCUGGGGGAGCAGCAACAGCUGGUUGUCUCUUGGAUCUUUGCAACUGAGUUGUUCCUUUUGUCUCUUGCAGCAAACCCAUGGCCAAGCAAGCCUCUUUUGCCCGGUCCUUGCCCCCUGCAACUACUAUCAAGGAGGAGCUUCUGUGCCCCAUCUGCUACGAGCCCUUCAAAGACGCCGUCACCCUCCGCUGCGGGCACAACUUUUGCAAAGGCUGCGUGAGCCGGUCCUGGGAGGACCAGGCCCACCAUGUCUGCCCGGUGUGCAAGGCAGCCUGCUCCCCAGAGGAGCUCCGCACCAACCACACCCUGGCCAACAUUGUGGAGAUGUUCCUCUUGCAGGAGAAGAAACAGCAGCAGCAGCAGGGUGAGGCUGGGGAGUCCUCUGCCCGCUGUCCUGUGCACGGAGAGGAAGCCAAGCUCUUCUGCCUGGAGGACAAGGAGCUGGUCUGCUUUGUGUGCCAAAGCUCCAAGCAGCAUGCGGACCACAGGAUGAAGCCCGUGGCAGAGAUGGCCAAGAACUACAGGGUAAGCUCCCCUGGGGGGUCUGGAUGGUGCGAGAAGGUCCUCUAAGAGUUGGCGGGCUCUCCUUCAUUGGAGGUUUCUAAGCAGACCUUAAAGGGACGUGGGUGGCGCUGUGGGUUAAACCCCAGAACCUAGGGCCUGCCGAUCAGAAGGUCAGCAGUUUGAAUCCCCACGACGGGGUGAGCUCCCAUUGCUCGGUCCCUACUCCUGCCAACCUAGCAGCUUGAAAGCGCGUCAAAGUGCAAGUAGAUAAAUAGGUACUGCUCUGGCGGGAAGGUAAACGGUGUUUCCGUGCGCUGCUCUGGUUCGCCAGAAGCGGCUUAGUCAUGCUGGCCACAUGACCCGGAAGCUGUACACCGGCUUCCUCGGCCAGUAAAGCGAGAUGAGCGCUGCAAUCCCAGAGUCGUCCGCGACUGGACCUAAUGGUCAGGGGGUCCCUUUACCUUCAAAAUGUACCUAAAAUGCACCUAAAAUGGACGUGGGUGGCGUUGUGGGUGGCACUGUGAGUUAAACCACAGAGCCUAGGACUUGCCGAUCAGAAGGUCGGUAGUUCGAAUCCCCGCGACGGGGUGAGCUCCCAUUGCUCUGUCCCUGCUCCUGCCAACCUAGCAGUUCGAAAGCACAUCAAAGUGCAAGUAGAUAAAUAGGUACCACUCCCGCGGGAAGGUAAACGGUGUUUCCAUGCGCUGCUCUGGUUUGCCAGAAGCGGCUCAGUCAUGCUGGCCACAUGACCCAGAAGCUGUACGCCGGCUCCCUUGGCCGGUAAAGCGAGAUGAGCGCCGCAACCCCAGAGUUGUCUGCGACUGGACCUAACGGUCAGGGGUCCCUUUACCUUUACCUUUACCUUUAAGCAGACCUUUGAAUGGCCACCUAUCAGGGUUUUUUUAGUUGUGAGUGCAGGGGGCUGGACUAGAUAAUGCUUGGGAUCCCUUCCAAUUCUACAAUUCCUGGACGCUGUAAGAGGGAGGAACUGUGUGUAAUUUGAGAUCAGCUCAGACUGGAUGUGGGGAACCUUUGGCUUGCUACAAUUCCAGUUAUCACUGGCUGUGCUUGCUGAAGUUGGUGGGAGCUGUAGUUCAGUAACGCUUGGAGGCCCAAAGAUAGAUGGACCAGGAGCAUAUCAUGUUCUACCUUGGCUGCACACAAAGGCUGCUUUAUAUCUCUGGAACCUCCUUCUGAUGGAUGUUUAGCAAUGCCAGCCUCUGUACCACCACUUGCCCAUCUUUUAGGCCAGACAGCAUGUUGCGUCUGAAGGCAGCCCUGUUUAGGGAAGCUUUUAAUGUUUAACAGGUUAUUGUAUUUUUUUAAUCUGUUGGAAGCUGCCCAGAGUGGCUGGAGAAACCCAGCCAGAUGGGCGGGGUAUAAAUAAUAAAGUAUUAUUAUUAUUAUUGCGUUUGCCAUAGUGGUGGCACCCACUUGCAAGUUCCUCUCCCAGCCACCAUAAUAUUCUCAAACACCACUAGCUGCAUAAAUUGGGGCUGCCCCAUAUCAAAGCCUUCUCCUUGCCAAUGAUUGGGGGUGUAGGAAUUUGUUGCACGAGGACCCUGCUUCGUGUGACAUGAGUGAUGUUUGUUCCUCCCCCCGGAGGUUGUGGACUAUCCUUCCUUGGAGGUUUUAAGCAGAGGCUGGAUGGCCACCUGCCAUGUAUUAUCUAGUUGGGAUUCCUGCAUUGCAGGGGGUUGGACUAGAUGACCCUUGGGGUCCCAACUCUGAUACCCCCAUAGCAAAUGGGAUGGGGAGGGCUGUAGCUCAGUGACAGAGCAACUGCUUUUCAUGCAGAAAGUCACAGGUUCGGUGAUUUGAUACCAGUUAAUAAUAAUAAUAAUAAUAAUAAAUUUAUUAUUUAUACCCCACCCAUCUGGCUGGGUUUCCCCAGCCACUCUGGGCGGCUUCCAACAGAACACUAAAAUACAAUAACCUAUUAAGCAUUAAAAGCUUCCCUAAACAGGGCUGCCUCCAGAUGUCUUCUAAAAGUCUGCUAGUUGUUCUUCUCUUUGACAUCUGGUGGGAGGGCAUUCCACAGGGCGGGCGCCACCACCGAGAAGGCCCUCUGCCUGGUUCCCUGUAACUUGGCUUCUCGCAGCAAGGGAACUGCCAGAAGGCCCUCGGAGCUGGACCUCAGUGUCCGGGCAGAACGAUGGGGGUGGAGACUCUCCUUCAGGUAUACUGGACCAAGGCUGUUUAGGGCUUUAAAGGUCAGCACCAACACUUUGAAUUGUGUUCGGAAAUGUACUGGGAGCCAAUGUAGGUCUUUCAAGACCGGUGUUAUGUGGUCUCGGCGGCCGCUCCCAGUCACCAGUCUAGCUGCCGCAUUCUGGAUUAGUUGUAGUUUCCGGGUCACCUUCAAAGGUAGCUCCAUGUAGAGCACAUUGCAGUAGUCCAAGCGAGAGAUAACUAGAGCAUGCACCACUCUGGCAAGACAGUCUGCAGGCAGGUAGGGUCUCAGCCUGCAUACCAGAUGGUGCUGAUAAACAGUUAAGAUCCCAGGCAUUUCCAGUUAAGGCUAGGGAAGGGAGACUUUUGUCGGAGAGCCUUUGCUAGUCAGUACAGACAAGGCUGGGCUAGAUUUAGAGUCCUGCCUGGAAAUGAGAGAUGCUGGAGACCUUCUAAAUGUAGAGCAGUUGUUCUGCAGCUGAAGUACAGUUCUUCUCUGGACCAGUGGAUUGGACUGAUGGAGCUUAAGGAUUUGGGGGCUGCUGAGGUGCCAGAAAACAUUUCCUAAUCCUUUUCCUUCUUUUCCCUGCUGUUGAAAUAAAAUACAACUCAUCUUGACUAUUGCAACAUACAGGGGUUAAUUCAAUGGUGUAAAGAAAACAAUCUUAUGCUUAACACCAAAAAAACCAAAGAACUCAUAAUUGACUUUAGGAGAAAGAAAAGCGUAUUUUUACCAUUGCACAUAAAUGGCGAGGAGGUGGAGAGGGUUGGUAGUUUUAAAUACCUGGGCACUUACAUCUCUGAGGACCUCUCAUGGACUGUAAAUAUUAAUAUGGUUGUGAGGAAGGUGCAGGGGAGGUUGUAUUUCCUGAGAAUGCUCAGGGGACUGAAUCUAUCUCAGCACCUACUUCUGUCCUAUUAUCACAGUACCAUCGAGAGUGUCUUAACAUAUAGUAUAUUAUCGUGGUAUGGGAGCAGCUCUGAAACGGAUAAAAAGCUUUACAGAGAAUAAUUAAAAUUGCCCAGAAUGUUAUUGGGCUCCAACUACCAACCCUGGAUGAGAUCUUCACGUCUCGCACUUUGAAGAAGUCACACAAUAUCCUGAGAGAUCCCACCCAUCCUGCUCACAACUUCUUUGAACUGUUGCCUUCGGGCAGAAGAUAUAGGACAAUGAAAACACGAACCACACGCCUUCUGAAUAGUUUCUAUCCAAGAGCUCUGAUUGCACUAAAUAAUGAUCUCAGGGCCAGUUGCAAGGAAUAGCAAGCAGGGAGUAGGAAGGAAUGAGACAGGUUUUUAGGUUAUGUUAUGCUUCUAAUAGGUUAUGUUAUAUUCUGGAGUAUGAUAUGUUUUUAUAGAUUAUGUCUGAAUAGGAUGAGAGUGUUGGAGAUACGUGCAAAUGUGUAUGUGAACCCGGUCUUCGAGUGGGUGUUUGAUUUUCGUUGUUGUGUAUACUGUGUAUAUACGGACAAUGACAAUAAAUUUAUCUAACAUAGGCAUAUAUUCAUGCAUUAAAAACCCAAACAAACUUUCAAAUGGUCCCUUACGAAAGCAGAGGACCACAAUCACUAAAAUGACAUGCGCUUAAAAAAAAAAAACUUGCAGAAGCGUUUCUAUUUUAAUGUUAUAACCCAUUUUCCACCACAACAUUCUCCAGGAUGGUUGCAGAAACACAGAGCUUUGGUUAGAUGGAAAACAGCAGCGACUUGGAUCCUGCAACUGUUUCCAUCUGAAUGUAUCUCGCCAUCUGUAAUACUUCCUCCAAUUCAAAAGUUGGGGAAAUGUUCCCAAAAUAAAAAUGCCCACUUGAUGAUGGAAUGAGAUAAUGAAGUGGCCAGGCAGUUUCCUAGGGAGAGGGUUUCUAACUACAGAAUCAGAGCCCUCCUGAAUCAUCAGGAGAUCCACUGAAGUCCCCAUUUAGGGUGCUGACUCUUCAGCAGAUGACGACCGCAUAUUUUAAAGCUUUUCCCCUAGAGAGCCUAUGGCUCUCCAAGCCCCAGUUGUGGGGAGAUGUACUCCAGCCCGAGAGCAACUGUGUGGACCCACAGAACUUAUCUCUGAAAAACUCCAUGUGGAUGUUGUAGGGCUUGCAAGCUGACUUGCAAAAUAAAAAUUCGAAAUCUCUACAAACCAGAUGGAAAUCCAGUGUAACGUGCCAAAAUUGCUAAACCUCCAUGGGUGGGGCGAACCAGAUUUUGUGCCAAGUUUCCUGUUGCUGUGUGAAAUGCCAACAACAUUGCUUGUUUCAGUUUGGCAAAUUUUGUUGGUUCCUGACUAUUUCCCAUGUGGGUAUUCAAAACGUUUUGCAGUAUACUGAAAACGAGCCUUGGAACCACCAGUGGUGGGUUGCCCUGAUUUUGGGGUGUAUCUCAAGAUAGUGAUGCAGUCAAGCUUUGCUUUGAAACUGAGGCUCCGAAUGGAUUUUGAGUCCCAUGGGGAGAGGCCCUUUGAGAUGGUUGUAUCGGCUUGCUGUAUUGAAAGAUGGCUGUUGUGGCUUGGAAGAAAGGAUAGUGAGCUUGAGAUGGGUUUUGAAGUGGUGGGAAGGGAUGCUGGAGGUUAAAGGAAGCGGUGUACAGUUUGAGUCACACUUUCCCGGCAAAGUUUCCAUCUGUCUCUGACACAGUAUGAGUUUGCUGUGAGUCACCCAGCCUCAUGUCUAAUUCCAGUCUCCAUGGGUUUGGAGGGAGAACUGCAUGGUAUAUAAUUCAGUGUGUAAGAAUGACAAAUUGGGCUUGUGUUUUGGGGAGCAACCCCCCCCCCCCCAGGUUCUGAAGAUAAUAGUGUAAACCAGAAAUCACCAGGGCCAUGUGAUGUGUUUUGCCCCCAAAGCACUUCUGUCUGUCCCCUGACAGCCCUCUAAGGCACAGUGAAAGGUUUACCCACAGUUUCACUCAUGUAGAAUAUAAGUGUUGUUCUUAUACUGUAAUAAAUAAUAAAAUAAUAAAUUUUAUUUAUAUCCCGCCCUCCCCAGCCGAAGCUGGGCUCAGGAUGGCUAACAACCAUAAAAUAAUGCAACAUUCUAAAAAAAGUUCAUUAUAAAAAUUAAUUAAAAUCAAAUUGAUGGCAACCAUUAAGCAAAAAUUCUGUGCAGAUUGCCAAAGGAGGGAGUCAGGCUGCACCCUGACCAAAGGCCUGGUGGAACAGCUCUGUCUUGCAGGCCCUGCGGAAAGAUGUCAAGUCCUGCAGGGCCCUAGUCUCUUGUGACAGAGUGUUCCACCAGAUCGGAGCCGCAGCCGAGAAAGCCCUGGCUCUAGUUGAGGCCAGCCUAACCUCUCUGAGGCCUGGGACCUUCAGGAUGUUUUUAUUUGAAGAUCGUAAGUUCCUCUGUGGGACAUACCAGGAGAGGUGGUCCUGUAGGUACGAGGGUCCUAGGCCGUAUAGGGCUUUAAAGGUUAAAACCAGCACCUUAACAGUUAAAACCUGUUCUUGAGCUAUUAAUAAUUUGAUUCUACGUGUCCUAGAAAUAUUGCAUGUUUCUUGAGAUUUUGCAUGUAGUGGAAAGCUUGGUGUGCAUGCUUCAUCUGACCCCUUGUACUCAAAACAGCAACACCUUUCCUGUAAGGGAUGCGGGUGGAGCUGUGGGUUAAACCACAGAGCCUAGGACUUGCCGAUCAGAAGGUCUGUGGUUCGAAUCCCUGUGACGGGGUGAGCUCCCAUUGCUCGGUCCCUGCUCCUGCCAACCUAGCAGUUCGAAAGCAUGUCAAAGUGCAAGUAGAUAAAUAGGUACCACUCCGGCGGGAAGGUAAACGGCAUUUCCGUGCGCUGCUCUGGUUCGCCAGAUGCAACUUAGUCAUGCUGGCCACAUGACCCGGAAGCUGUAUGCCGGCUCCCUCGGCCAGUAAAGCGAGAUGAGUGCCACAACCCCAGAGUUGGCCAUGACUGGACCUAAUGGUCAGGGGUCCCUUUACCUUUACCUUUACCUUUAAGGCUAAUGUGAUGUUGAUGCCUGACCACUCAUAGUGGUGGGAGUUUGUAUUGCUAGCCACACUUGUGGGUCCCAUUCUGUCUCUAUCCAUUCAUGUCAUCUAGUAGUCCAACCCACUGCGAUGCAGGAAUCUCAGCUAAAGCAUCCAUGACAGAUGGCCAUCUGACUUCUGCUUAAAAACCUCCAAGGGAGAUGAGUCUACCACUUCUGAGGGAGCCUGAAGAUGAGCUGUUUUAGUUGUUCUAUGUUUUUUGAAGAUUCGUGAGUGUUCUGCGACAGAAGUGAAGCCAACUACUGCUAGGGACUGCUGCUCAGGCAUUUCAGGAGAGUUAAUUCUUUAUUGUAAUAGAUGAAGUUUCCCUUUUCCUAGAAAUAGGAAACAUGCAGUAAAAGAUGCUAAGCUCUUUCUUCUCUGCCUUAAUUCCAGGCUAAGUGCAAAGACAUGGAAAGCUCCCUGCAGGACAAGGUGCAAGAAUUUGGAAGAAUAAAGUCUGAUUACAGGCUCAUUGCAAACCACAACAAGGUGAGCAUCUGACUCUGAGCUCCCAAUUGUGCAGCGCACUGUUCUAGGGCACACCUCCAGGAGACCUUCCCUUCCACCAUGCUUGUGUGUGGCUAUGGAUUGGGAGGGACGAGUGUCCUGUUAUGUGUUCAAGCCUUCCCUGCUCUGUACUGUGAAUAUAUUUUAUAUUUUUAUGUUCUGAACCACCCUGUGAUCGAUGACUGGCAGUGGUGUGGGUUGUGAAACACAAGAGCAGUCAAGUACAACAUUCCUAGAGUGAACAUGUUUACACAUGGGGAGGAAUGUUUGUCCAGCCAGCAGGUAAACUUCCUGUUUCCUUCUGGGCUGGGACAGACUUCCUCUGCAUGGGACUAAAAGUGGGCGUGGCCUCACCUGUGCAGGUAACGACAAAAGCACAGGGCAGGACAGCCUUCUGUUUUAGACUACAUGCGUUGAAGAAGCAACAUCUGCUUAGCCAAAGGUGCCCUUCCUUCCAGCCAAGAGAGGACAAAGGGACUGUCCCCUUAUGAGAUAGUUUCCAGGUGUAUGUUACUUUUCUAAGCCAAGUCUGCCUUCUGGGAUCCGAUUGUGAACAGAAUGUGAGUGAGUAAACUCUUUUUAUACUUUCAUAGAAGACUGUGUCGUGUCUUAUCUUUUAUGAGGGAAUAAGGGGAAAUGACCAGAACAGUUAUUAAAGAGGCUUUAGUGAGCCUGAGCAAACGCAUCCGCUGUGAGUUUAAAAAGGGGAAUGUCGCUUUGCUAAAUUGCGAACUUGUUUAUACAAGUUGGAAAGGCUAUAAUCAAACAAUAUAUCCUCUCCUGCAUCCCUGAACAUUCCCACAAGUGGCUCCCCAGGGUUUCAGGCAGCUGGCAUUCCCAAUUUUGCCUGGAAAUGCUGGAAAUAUAACAUGGGACUUUUUGCAUACCAAGCCUGUGCUCUACCACUGAGCUAUGGCCUUCCCCAACUCUGGCUGAAGCUAUUUCUGCCACUGCCGCAGUAGCUCAGGAGAAGCUCUGAUGUGUAAGGUCUCUUUUGCACAUUGCGUUGUGUUGCUUCAGUGGUAUAUAUUUGUUUGCAAACUCUUAGAACUAUUGAAUAAUUAUAAUAAUAAUGAAAUUUUAUUUAUAUCCCACCCUCCCCAGCUGAAGCCGGGCUCAGAGCGGCUAACAACAAUAAAAAUAACACAAUUUACAUAAAAUCACAAUCAAUUAAUUGAAAUGCAUUCUAAAAUCAAUUCAUUCUAAAAUCAAUUCAGAGUCCAAUUAUUGGCAACCAUUGGGCUAGAGUUCUAUGAGGGUUACAGAAGGAGAUGGUCAGACUGUGCCUUGGCCAAAGGCCUGGCGGGACAGCUCCAUCUUGCAGGCCCUGCAGAAAGAUAUCAAGACCCGCAGGGCCCUAGUCUCUUGUGACAAGAGCGUUCCACCAGAUCGGGGCCACAGCUGAGAAAGCCCUGGCUCUGGUUGCAGCCAGCCUAACCUCCCUGUGGCCUGGGAUCUGAAAGAUGUUUUUAUUUGAAGACCGUAAGGUCCUCUGUGGGACAUACCAGGAGAGGCGGUCCUGUAGGUACGAGGGUCCUAGGCUGUAUAGGGCUUUAAAGGUUAAAACCAGCACCUUAAACCUGAUCCUGUACUGCACCAGGAGCCAGUGCAGCUGGUAUAACAAGAUCUCUGUUAUGGCUUGCGUCUCUUAUUCUGCAGAACUGUCCUGCAUUUAAAGCUACAUCCUUGCUUUAUUUUGUCUUUCUUACUCUCCCUUGCUACCUGUCCUCAGGAAGAAACUGCUAGAUUGGAGAAUGAGAUUAAAAAGCAGUUUGAACAACUGCACAAGUUCCUGCAGAAUGAGGAGAAGACUAUGCUGGAAGAGUUGCGGGAGGAGGCCCAGAAGAAGCAGGACCUGAUUGAAGACAAAAUCAGGAAGCUAUCGGAAGAAAGCAAUGUCUUGGUACAGGAAGUUGGUCAGCUACAUGCUGACCUGAAGGAGGAUGACGUUUCCUUCCUCAAGGUAAGGCUGGUGGGCAUCUGGCUCCAUAUCCCAAAUGAAAUGGGAAGAUUUCUUCCUUCUGUACCCCCCCACAACCCCCCCCUGCUCCUCUGAAUGAUGCCUCUGAUUCUGAAGACUUGUCUUCUUGGUAGGAUGGUGUACAGCCCUUCCCCAAACCCCCUUGAAACUUUUAAUAGAGUUUCUCAGUAAUGGUUUCUUCUCUGAUUCUACCUUCUUCUUUUUCUUACAGAAACACAAAAACCGGAAACGCAGGUUUGUUGUCAUUUAUUAGAUUUCUUACCUACUGUGAAGGAAAUAAAAAGGUAAAGGGACCCCUGACCAUUAGGUCCAGUCGUGACCGACUCUGGGGUUGCGGCGCUCAUCUCGCUUUACUGGCCGAGGGAGCCGGCGUACAGCUUCCGGGUCAUGUGGCCAGCAUGACUAAGCCACUUCUGGCGAACCAGAGCAGCACAUGGAAACGCUGUUUACCUUCCCGCCGGAGCGGUACCUAUUUAUCUACUUGCACUUUGACGUGCUUUCGAACUGCUAGGUUGGCAGGAGCAGGGACCGAGCAACGGGAGCUCACCCCGUCGCGGGGAUUCGAACCGCCAACCUUCUGAUAGGCAAGUCCUGGGCUCUGUGGGCUCACCUACAGUGCCACCUGAAGGAAAUUGCCUGUUUUUAAAACUAAAAAUCCUGUAUGUGGUUGACUUGGGAUUAUGGCAUUAAUACGUUCCCUCAUAGUUUUGCCUGUCAGGAGAAACAAUUUGAAAGGUGUCACAAAUUAAUUAACGGAGGUUUGGAUGUUUGUGGAUUAAAAUGCAGAACAGGAAGUAACUUCAAGGCUUUAAUUAGCCCACAGCUUGCAUUGACAUUCAGAUCAAGGUGGGUCUCAGAAUACAAGGAACACACACAGCUGGCACUUUUUAUGCCUUCCAGCCAAUCUAACAUAUGUAGAUAGAAGGGACAGCUCAGUGUGAGGGAAGGCAGGAUGCAAUUAGCCUGUUUUAUUCUACUGUACGUAGUUGCUCAGUUUGGGUAAUUGCUCUGUAUGCAUGUAAUCAGUCAUAUGUUUAACUCCCCCCCCCAUAACAACAACAAUAACUCCAUUGUUUUAAAACAACCCAUUUCCGUGCAUGAAUGGGUUCCAUCUUCCUUUUGUACUGAAUGCAGAAGUUAUUCUCAGAACACCACACACAAUGGAAAAGUGUGUGUGUGUGUGUGUGUGUGUGUUUAUUUGGACUAUUUUAUAAUCUGCACCGUCAGCACAAUCAUGGUGGGUCCCCGGAUGUUGUUGAACUACAACUCCCAUCACCCCUAGCUAGCAAGGCCGGAGCUCAGGGAUGAUGGGAGUUGUAGUCCAACAACAUCUGGGGACCCACAGGUUGAGAACCGCUGAAGGGCAGCUAACAGAAAUGUAAUAAAAACAAUACACAAAUUAAAAUAGCAAAAACUUAGGAAUAUCCCCUCCCUCCAAGAAUGGUUAAAAGUUUUUUAAAACCCAAAGAUUGUAGAUUCUGGGAUCUUUAAAACCUGGGGAAAGAAAUGCAUAAAUGAUAGUAAUGAGGGUGCCAGUGAAACCACCUUGGGAAGGACGUUCCCAUAGGUAAGGAGUCAGCACGGAAAACGCUUUUUCUGCAGUCACCACCUGCUGCUUCUCAAGAUAGCAGAGGCCCCCAGAGAAAUCUCAGAUUUCUGAGCAUUGAAGCACCCCUGGAGAAGUGAUAAGCGUAUGUUUUUAAACAUGCAACAAAGAAGGCUCAAAUCUUUUUUUAUAAAAUUGAUUUGAGAUUCCCACAAAUCCUGACUGGGGGAGAGUGUAAGUAUGAGAUAGGAAGAUGGGUGAUUUGCAGUCUUUUGAACAUUUGCGUGAUCCUAGACACUUGCAUUCAGAAGGCUUGGGAUUGGUCCGUCUGUAAGAAUGCUUGGUUUUUCUAAAACUGGGUCCCCCUUGCUCACCUCUUUGUUUGUCUGAAUUGUGUUUCCUAGAAUUGCCUGGACAGUAGAACACCCAGAAGCAAUUCCACCAGGGACUCUGAUAGAAGUCACCAAGUAUUUGGAUUCUUUGCAGUAUAAUGUAUGGAAGAAGAUGCUGAAUAUCAUCAAAGUUGGUAGGUUUCUUAGAUGCCAGGAGAAAAGGAAUCUGUGACACUUCAGCUAAUGUUUUUCGACUACAGCUGAUGGAAGCUGUAGGUCAGCAAUACCUGGAUGAAUAAAUGUCACUUCAUCCUUUCCGUAGAACACAUUGAGGUGGCUUAUUGCAAGUAGCGGUGAUAAUUCCAAAAUGCCCUUUCCCAUAAAAAAUAAGUUCCUCUCGUAAUGAAAGGAUGCAUAGAAUAAAACCCCUGACUGCCCUGAAAUAUAAACUCCAAAUGGAGGAGAAUCAUCCUUAUUUGGGUACAGUGGUACCUCGGGUUACAGACGCUUCAUGUUACAUCCGCUUCAGGUUACACACUCCGCUAACUCAGAAAUAGUGCUUCAGGUUAAGAACUUUGCUUCAGGAUAAGAACAGAAAUCGGGCUCCGGCGGCGCGGCGGCAGCAGGAGGCCCCAUUAGCUAAAGUGGUGCUUCAGGUUAAGAACAGUUUCAGGUUAAGAACGGACCUCUGGAACGAAUUAAGUACUUAACCCGAGGUACCACUGUACAGUGAAAACUGAUUGGGCGUGUAUUAAUAGGUGCUCAGUUUGCAUGCUUUAUUCUAAGCAAAUCCUCAACUUCUGGCACAGAAUGUUGUGACAGGAUGUGGGUAUGUUACUUUUUAGAGGUGCUCUGUAAUAUAUAUUUUACCCUUGAAUUGGUUCCUAGGAUAACAAGUGACAGAAGUACUCCUGAAUUGUACCUGUUUCUAUGGGUGAAGAUUUUUCACACCUGAAUGAAUUAUUAUGUCACACUUAAUAAUAAAUAAUAUUUUUUUUAUUUGUACCCCGCCCUCCCUGACCGGAGCUGGGCUCAGAGCAGCUAACAUCAUAUAAAUAAUACAGUAUGCGUAAAAACAAGCAAUCAAUCGAUUAAAAUGCAUCCCAAAAUUAAUUCAAAUAAAUUAAAAUUAAAACUGAACAAAUGACAAUCCUCAGGUUAAAGUUGAAAGCGGUUAAAUUCCAGCCAGCAUAUUGUGGCAAAAGUCACCGUUCCUUCAGUGCAUAGUUAUGGGUGAAAUCUCUGAUAACAGCGAUUAAUAGAGCUAGAGAAUAGUCUCAUUCUUGCUCUUUUAUCCAGGAGAAGACAGUGGGCAACACUGAGGAGCGAUUAAUGACAGGUUGGGCACAAAUUAAGCAAUGUUUGUGUUUUGACUUUUUUUAAAAGCAGCUUUGUGGGGUGUGGAGCCAAGAAACAGUGAGGUGUCAAGGAAUGUGGGCACAUGCAUAGGUUAAGAGCCACAGAGGCGUGAUCUGCAGUGGGAAGUUGCAUUUCCACUCCGAAAUCUCCUCUACGGUGCUGAGUAUUGUUUGGUAAGCAGCAGCUUAUUGUAGCCAUCAGAGGGCAGCAGUGCAUGGGUAAUCUACAUCAGCCUGCACCAGCCUGGUGUCCUCCAGAUGUUUUGUAUAACCCCCAUCAGUUCCAGCCAGCACAGCCAUGCUAAUGGAAUUUGGAGCUCAAAACAUCCAGUAUUCGUCUUUUUCUUUAAUUUUGAAGAAGGGUGCUGACAUUUCACAACACUAUUCAUAUAGUACAGUGGUACCUCGGGUUAAGUACUUAAUUCGUUCCGGAGGUCCGUUCUUAACCUGAAACUGUUCUUAACUUGAAGCACCACUUUAGCUAAUGGGGUCUCCUGCUGCCACCGCACGAUUUCUGUUCUCAUCCUGAAGCAAAGUUCUUAACCCGAGGUACUAUUUCUGAGUUAGCGGAGUCUGUAACCUGAAGCGUAUGUAACCUGAAGCGUAUGUAACCUGAAGCGUAUAUAACCCGAGGUACCACUGUAUGUGGGCAGAGGCUUGUAAGUGAAUUGAAAACAAUACAUGUCCCAGGCCUCCAUUCUAUGUAGUAGGUUGACAUACUCAAGAGCAGGUUUUCUCAUGAGGAAAUAUCCAUUCUUGUGUCCUCACUCUGCCUGCUGCCUUGUUUUGUUCUCUCCUGGCUUUUGUGUGCCAGGAGGUGUAUAGGAGGGGACAAAUUGGAAUACAGUCAUACCUCGGGUUGAAGUAGCUUCAAGUUAAGUAUUUUUGGGUUGCGCCACUCGCGCCAUGCGCAGACGCUCAAAAUGACGUCACGCGCAUGCGCGGAAGCGGCGAAAUGCGACCUGCAGACGCGCAGUCAUGUCUUACGUUUACUUCACGAUGCGAACGGGGCUCCGGAACGGAUCCCGUUUGUAUUCAGAGGUACCACUGUAGUACAGUUGUGAGGUAGAUGCUGACUUAAUGGGAUUUUUACCCACCCUUCAUCCUAAGAUUCCUGGGUGAGUUACAACAAUAUAAUUAUUCCUGCAUUGCAGGAGGUUGGGCUAGAUGACCCUUGGAGUCCCUUCAAACUCUACAAAUCUUUUAUUCUAUUAAUUAUUAACCUGUUAUCAACCUAAAAACUUACAGUUGCUGGAAGGCAGUUAUAAAUAUGAAUAAAUAUGUAACCUAGUAAAUUGGAAAUAAGGCAUACAAAUUACCGUAUUUUUCCAUGAAUUAGACGCCCCCUAUUUUGGGGGACUCCAAAUUAAGAAAACACACCUCAGCACUGCCCAUGUAUAAGACGAGCCCCAAUUUUAAACCUAAUUUUUUGGUAAAAAACAACAACCUAGUCUUAUACACGGAAAAAACCGGUACCUUACAGAGAGUGAAUGUGUAUUUAUUAAUUCACUAUAAUUAAUUAUGAGCAUAGAGACUGAACAUCUUUCCCUAAGGGAGCCAGAACACACAUUGAGAAUCAAUAAACCAGAGGAAACUCCUGCUGGAGGCAGUGUCCAAUGAACACAUCCCAUUGGCACAAAAAUUUCAAUUUGUUUAACAGGACUUCCCCAAUUUCCUUCCAUUGUAAUGUGCUCCAUGCCCACCCGAAAUCUGCUCUGGAGGAUUGGGGGAGCUGUAGAACACAUUGGGAAGGGGACAAAGGAGAAGGGGGAAAGUCCCAUUGCACAAGCAGAAAUCCUUGCACUGAUGGGACAGAUUACUUAGCACUACUUUGGGUACAACCCAUAGCUUUGCUAGAUUAAAAAGUUCUCCAGUGAGAAUGCCUAGCUGAAAUUUGCAGGGGGAGAGACAGAGCAAUACAGGGGUCAGCAUUUUAUUUUUGCUGCAACCCUUUUUGGGGUAGCAAUCCUCUUCCCACCUGUAUUAAGUUUUGUCCCUAUACCUCCAAGGCAAUAAAUGCCAAUAUGCCCCUCCCCAUUUCAACUGGUCAUGUCUUAUGAGUCGGUGAAAAUGAAGGGAGGGGAUUCAGUUCAGUCCUAAUCAGUACCGGGCUCAACUUGUCUAGAAUUUGGGUUUCUAACAAGUUGCCAGCCCACUGCCUAUAGCCACGUUCAAGUACAUUUGUUUCCAGCAUCUGACGUUAUGCCUUUGUAAACGGAAGUUCCAAUUUGGCUUCCAUCCUUGCUAUUUUGCAGCAGGCAAGUCUGUUUCUGACUUGAUUUGGUUUGUCUUUUAAAUUCCCUCUUGUCAUACUCCUCAUACUUAACGAUUGUCUCCUUUUGCAGUCCCGUUCAGCUUUGAUCCCAAUACAGCUGAGAGUUGGCUGGAAGUUUCUGAUGAUCUCACCAGCAUUAACACCUGCAACUACAAGCUGGUGGUGGAAGUCCCUGAACGCUUCUCCAUGGGCAUGCCCUGUGUCCUGGGCUCCAAGAGCUACUCCAAAGGGUCUCACAUUUGGGAGGUCGAUAUUGGCAGCAUUGAGUACUGGUACAUCGGGGUGGCCAGUAAGUCCUGUGGCCACUACUGGAGCUUUGGCUGCGAUUCCCGAUUGGGGCUUGGCUACAUGUACCGCAUGCAGGGUACUAAGAGCAAGAAAAGCCAGUCCUUCCAGGCCGUCCUGUCAGAGACUGGGCGCAGGAAGAACCUCAAGAGAGUGCGAGUGGAGCUGGACUGUGACGAAGGGGAGCUCUCGUUCUACGACACUGAGCAGAAGAGCCACAUAUACACGUUCCAUGACAAGUUUGGAGAAGUCUUUCCGUACUUCUGCAUCUGCAGCGUACACGCCGGGUCACCACCUGAGCCGUUCAAGAUCUGCCCGCUUCAGAUUCAUAUCAAGAAAGACUAUCCAAACUGAGCUUGUGUUUGGUUUAUCCCUCCCUGCGCACCCACACAUCCUUGCAAAAGCUUGCCUAUCCUACCUAACCAACACUGAGGCAGUAAAAAGAACUUAAGACUAUUCUUCAAUGUUUAUGAUAUGCAGACAUUCCCAGCAAGGCCAGGAGAAGUGGCUGUCUUAAGCUGCGGUUUUGGGGUUGCCAUUCAGAUUUAAUCCACUCCGGAAGUUCUACACAAUCCUUCUUGUGAACAGAAAAGGGCGCAAGAGCAGCUUGCUAAGGAGAAACCUCUUUAUGUGCAGAUAAAUAGGGGAGGGGUACUUGAGCUGCCCAGUUAAAACGUGUGUUUGUGUAAGGGGCUGUGUUUUAUUCACAGUGCAAUCCACACCCCAACAAAUUGGCAUGAGCAUGACAGCACAUGUAUGAGAUGAAUCUAGCAUGCUGCUGCCUACGCUUUGAGGUAGUAGCUAUGAGAAGGGAGGCGGCAGGCAGGCUGGCUGUCAUUUUAAUGGGGUGGAUGGAGGAAUACUGCAAAAUGGCUUUCUUGCUGCCUAACCAUCUGGCAGAAGCCUAUCCCUGUUCCUCCUCUCUAGAGCAGCAGAGGCGGCUGUAAUUAAGCCCUCAUCAUCAAACCAUCUCCUACUCUGCACCAGGCACAGCGAAAGAUUUAUAGGGGCUUGGGAAAGGGCUUGAAAUAGACAAGGCGGGCCCUGAUUGGCUCUGAUCUGUCAGCAUGAUGUCACCAUCACCCAAUCCAAAGAUACCACCUCCCCACUGAGCAUGUGUUGGAAGUCUAGCCAGGGAAUUAACCCUUUUAUGGCUCUCAGCUUUGGAGAUUUCUGGUUACUUCAUAUUUCCUGGCAUAGUUUAGAGGGUAAAUCUGUAACUGUCCCUUAUCUCCUGACUCCCAAAGCAUUGCUGUAUCUUUUUUUAAAAAGCUGCAUGGCAGGCAGGUAUUUCGUCAUAUGAAGUUUCCUACCCAACCCAAUAUGAGUGAUGGCUCGUUUGGAGUAGGAAAAGCAGCCCCUCCCAAAAGCAAAACAAAUUGUGACACUUUGUUUGCAGCACCAGAGCUUGAGGAAGAUGAUGUAUAACUGAUGGGGAACCUUUUUGACCCACCCACGCACCCCUGCCCUGCAGGUGGGUGGUGCUACUCAUCUGUCAAAGUUGGCCUGCAGGGAAAUAGUGACCAAGUGGGACUGAGCUCCUAGCCUGUCAGCUGGUGGACCAGGGAGUUCAAUCCAGCUCUCCACAUCUGAUGCUGGAUGUUGAGCAUGUGGAUGUGGUUUGGGGAAAACUGUGUUUCAUUUGGGGAAGAAUAUCUGGCCAAAUUUGACCCAUGGGCCAGAGGUUCCCUGCUGUAUACAAUAGAGAUGGUUUAAACAAAUUCUGUACGCUUUGUAGUCUCCAUGGAAAUAGGUAGGCAGCUUUUUAAUCAACAUAUUUUUUGCUGGGCUGCAUGCUGUGAAAAGUGACAGGUUUUUGUCAAGCUGCUCUUAAAAGCCCAAGAACAGGGGAAAUCGGUUUCUUUCUGAUCUGCUGGCAGCUCCAUUUGGAAUUGUCCUGGUGGAAGUGUUUUACUCGUUUGCUGGGUCUGCUCACCAUAUCUGGAGCCGUAAAAGGAAUGCCAUUUCAGAAUAGAUGGGCUAUGGCUGUGCCUCUCCCAGCUUUGUUUAUAUGGAGCUUUGCUCACUCGUGAGCCGGCUUAAGUUCUAAAAGCAUUUCAUCUGCUCUCUUGUGGCAUGAAUUGUUUAACGGGGAAUUGAUACUCCUGCCUCUCAGCAUAUUAUCCAGAGCCUUGUACAAAAAAAUGUUUAUAUUCAAAACAGCAUGUUUUCCUAAACAAUGGAUUGACAUUGUAAUUAAAAUAAACACUUGUGUAACCUGGUAAAUUGUUCAAAAGAAAACAUUGAAAUUGAUCAGUUCACAUUGCAAAUGCGUUCAGAACUUUUAACUGACAACCACUCAAGUGCCUUAAAACAUACUGUAGAAUGAUACAGUGGUACCUCGGGUUACAUACGCUUCAGGUUACAUACCCUUCAGGUUACAGACUCCGCUAACCCAGAAAUAGUACCUCGGGUUAAGAACUUUGCUUCAGGAUGAGAUCAGAAAUUGUGCUCCUGCGGCGCGGCAGCAGUGGGAGGCUCCAUUAGCUAAAAUGGUGCUUCACGUUAAGAACAGUUUCAGGUUAAGAACGGACCUCCAGAACGAAUUAAGUACUUAACCCGAGGUACCACUGUACUUGAAUGGCAGGUUCGACUUACCGUGAAAUGUCCUUAAUAUAAUUAAAAUAAACACUUGUGUAACCUGGUAAGUUGUUCAAAAGGAAACAUUGAAAUCAAUCAGUUCACGUUGCAAAUGCAUUCAGAACUUUUAACUGACAACCACUCAAGUGCCUUAAGACAUUCUGUAGAAUGAUACUUGAAUGGCAGGUUGGACUUACCAUAAAAUGUCCUUCUGGUCAGCAGAGAGUGGAGCACACAGGAAAGUUAACUUCUGGAGAUAGUCAGCACUGAUUGAAUGAUCAGGUGGUGCUGGGCGGCCAGUAGGGGAAGUGGAACCUUACUGCAACUGCCAGUCCUUGAAAAGCGUUGAGGGUGAGGCUGGUCCAACACCUAGUAAUAAUAACAUUGUGAACAUAAGACUAACAGUGGGAGAUAGUUGGAGCCUCUGAGAGUUCCUGUUCUAGGCUGAUCAGAGGAACUAGCCCCAUGAAGCCUAAGGUCCCAUCUGGGUGGGGCUGAUGCACUUUCCACUGACCAAAAGGACACUAUAGGGACGCGGGUGGCGCUGUGGGAUAAACCAGAGCCUAGGGCUUGCCGAUCAGAAGGUCGGCGGUUCGAAUCCCCGCGACGGGCUGAGCUCCCGUUGCUUGGUCCCAGCUCCUGCCCACCUAGCAGUUUGAAAGCACGUCAAAGUGCAAGUAGAUAAAUAGGUAUCGCUCCAGCGGGAAGGUAAACGGCGGUCUGUGCGCUGCUCUGGUUCGCCAGAAGCGGCUUAGUCAUGCUGGCCACAUGACCGGAAGCUGUACGCCGGCUCCGUCGGCCAAUAAAGCGAGAUGAGCCCCGCAACGCCGUGAUAUUUUAGUGUAUUUUUGGUUUCUAUGGAAGCCGCCCAGAGUGGCUGGGGAAACCCAGUCAGAUGGGCGGGGUACAAAUAAUAUAUUUUUU